AUGAUGUUUGCGGUGGAGGAAAUCAAUCAAAACAGCACCCUGCUACCAGGAGUGAAGCUGGGCUACCGUAUACUUGAUAACUGUGCCAGUUCCUACUGGGCUCAGCAAGUUGCACUGUCACUGGUCGGAGGAGACACACACAGCUCAGUGGGUCAGCCCGUUCCUUUGCUCAUUGGUACUGCCUCGUCGACAACAACCAUAGUUCUGUCCAGGGUCCUGGGGCCUCUCUCUGUGCCACUUAUCAGCCACAUGGCAAGCUGCCCUUGUCUGAGUGACAGGCUUAACUUUCCUAAUGUCUUCAGAACAAUCCCCAGUGACAUUUACCAAGCCCGGGCCAUGGCACGAUUGGCCAUUCGCUUCCGCUGGACUUGGAUGGGAGCUGUGAUUGUAAACAAGGAUUAUGGUCGUCUGGCAAUACAGGCAUUUCAGGAAGAGACCCAGGAAAAAGGGGUGUGUUUGGAAUUUAUAGAGACUCUCCUUAAAGAAACUAUUGUGAGUGAUGCCAGGCGUGUAGCCCUCACAAUUCAAGCUUCGACUGCCAGGGUGAUUCUGAUCUUUUGCUGGUAUACAGAGAUUAAGAAAGUGUUUCUGGAACUGGCCAAGAUAAAUGUGACUGAUAGACAGUUUCUGGCCAGUGAGGCUUGGAGCACCAGUGAUGAUCUUCUUCACGAUCUUGACAUCUCUAAAGUGGCAAGAGGUGUUCUGGGUGUGGCCAUUCGAAGUUCAACAAUACCCGGAUUUGAAAAUUAUCUCAGAGGUUUGCACCCAAUGCGUCGUCCUGAUGAUGAAUUCUUACGUGAAUUCUGGGAAAAGGAGUUUGGAUGCAGUCUUGGAGCUGCACAAUCACAUGCGGCAACUCUCUUUCCUGCAAAGCGGUCCUCUCAGAAAGGUUCUCUGCCACUCUGCAGUGGGACAGAGUCCCUAGAGAGAGUGAAGAAUCGCUUCACUGAUAUCUCCCAACUUAGGAUGUCAUAUAAUGUCUACCUUGCUGUUUAUGCUGCAGCCCACGCCCUUCACAACCUCUUGUCCUGCCCUGAUAGAGAAAGCUCACCCGGAAACAACAGCUUCAGCUGUUCCUCUCCAAAAGAUAUCAAACCCAUAGAGCUGUUGCAGCACCUGAACAAAUUGAAUUUCACCACACCACAAGGGGAAAUGUUUUAUUUCCAAGGUGCUGACAUUCCAGCAAAGUACGACCUUGUCAACUGGCAAAACACCCCUGAUGGGUCACUCAAACUGGUUCUGAUUGGUCGUGUGGACGGGUUUGACCUCCACCUUAAUGAAUCAGCUAUUCAGUGGAGUACAGGAUACAAUCAGGUGCCAACUUCAGUGUGCAGUGAGAGCUGUCCGCCAGGUUCCCGAAAGGCCAACAGGAAAGGAGAACCUCUCUGCUGCUUUGACUGUAUCCAAUGUGCUGAAGGGGAGAUCAGCAAUACAACUGAUUCUCUUCACUGUGAACUUUGUCCACAUGAGUUUUGGUCCAAUGCAGAGCGAACUGCCUGCAUCCCUCGCCAGCUGGACUUCCUUUCCUUUAAUGAAACCUUGGGCAUCACCUUGACUACAGCAGCUGUAUCUGGUGCUGCGGUGACAACAGCUGUGUUUGUAGUGUUUCUUUACUACCGUCAAACACCUAUGGUGCGAGCCAACAAUUCAGAACUGAGCUUCCUGCUUCUCCUGUCCCUGAAGCUGUGCUUCCUGUGCUCACUGGUGUUCAUUGGUCGUCCAUCAGUCUGGUCUUGUCGAUUCCAACAGGCAGCUUUUGGGAUCAGUUUUGUACUUUGUGUUUCCUGCCUCCUGGUCAAAACCGUAGUAGUUCUUGCUGUUUUCCGCUCAGCUCGGCCAGGUGCUGGAGCCUUGAUUAGUUGGUUUGGUCCAGGCCAACAGAGAGGAAGUGUCUGCCUCUUUACAUCUAUACAGGUGAUCAUCUGUGCGACAUGGCUGUCCCUCAGCCCUCCUGUGCCUCAACGUGAUCUGGGUUUCCAAGGGUCAACGGUCACCUUGGAGUGUGCCAUGGCCUCUGUGGUGGGCUUCUCUCUGGUUCUGGGUUACAUUGGUCUGCUGGCCUGCACCAGUCUCUUCCUGGCCUUUCUUGCUCGGAAACUCCCUGACAACUUCAACGAGGCCAAACUGAUCACUUUCAGCAUGCUGAUAUUCUGUGCUGUUUGGAUAGCUUUUGUUCCUGCUUAUGUUAGCUCUCCUGGGAAGUAUGUUGUUGCUGUGGAGAUCUUUGCAAUCCUGGCCUCUAGCUAUGGUUUACUGCUCUGUAUUUUUGCCCCAAAAUGUUUCAUCAUUCUCUUCAGGCCUGAGAAAAACACUAAGAAACACCUGAUGGCAAGGUAG